AUGAUUGCCGAAGCUUAUCAUGAUCAUCCAAUCCCAGAGCUUCCAACUGAAAUCAUAUUCUCGCAUAUACUCCCACGGUUACCAGCAGAGGAUCUGAUGAUGCGGUGCAGGUGGGUAUGCAAGUCUUGGCCCUCCCUCAUCCGCAGUCCUUCCUUUGUCGCAGCCUUCUUGAACUUUCGCUGCAGGGACACCACUCACUUCCUUUUCAAAUACAAUAACCGCUACUUCUCGUCGAAAAUAGAGCAACAAGGGAAUGCUCCAACACCCGUCGCCGAACUUCCAUACCUGACUCAGUGCAUAGCUGUCAAAGGCAGUUUUCAUGAUGAGAAAACUGUGCAUGGCUUGGUUUGUGCAUCAACUUGGUUUGGCCCUGUUUUCAUACUUAACCCUACCACUCGAGAGUCUAUCGAAAUUCCCCGUACCGAUGUACUUAUAGAAACACAAGGAUCGUCCAUGGUCAAGGCAUCCGCUAACUAUAACUUUGGGUUCAAUCCACUCACAAACGAGUAUAAGGUUCUCCAGUUCAUCUGUGUUGAACCCAGGGGACUUAGAAAAUGGGAUUUUGAGUUGAACAUAUUCACAAUAGGUACGGAUUCUUCGUGGAGGCCAUUGCAGGUACACUAA